AUGGAGCUGUCAAAGAAUGUGAUUUCUUGCGGGGACGCAGGUGGGAUGAAUUUGGACAGAAUCGCAGAGGCAGCGAGAGCUCCCAACAGCAGUCGGGGAACUUUAGAGAACUCAAGCAGCGAGUCCUCGGACACAGAGCUGGCAGAAAAGGAGAGGACCGCCGAGCAGAGGAGCGAGGACGGGACCGCCGACGACCCCAAGAAGAAGAAGCAGCGACGGCAGAGGACUCACUUCACCAGCCAGCAGCUGCAGGAGCUGGAGGCCACCUUCCAGAGGAACCGAUACCCAGACAUGAGCACCAGGGAGGAGAUCGCAGUGUGGACCAACCUGACCGAGGCCAGAGUCCGGGUGUGGUUCAAAAACCGACGUGCCAAGUGGAGGAAGCGUGAGCGCAACCAGCAGAUGGACCUGUGCAAAAACAGCUACCUGCCUCAGUUCAGCGGCCUCAUGCAGCCGUACGAGGACAUGUACCCGGCCUACACCUACAACAACUGGACCAACAAGGGCCUCACCCCGGCGCCUCUGUCCACCAAGAACUUCACCUUCUUCAACUCCAUGAGUCCUCUCACCUCGCAGUCCAUGUUCUCUGCACCCAACUCCAUCUCCUCCAUGAGCAUGGCGUCUGGGAUGGGCCACUCCGCCGUGCCGGGCAUGCCCACCCCGGGCCUGAAUAACAUCAGCAACCUGAACGGGAUAGGAGCGUCCGGCAUCAACUCGGCCAUGUCGCCGUCCGCUUGUCCGUACGGGCCUCCAGGUUCUCCGUACAGCGUUUACAGGGACACCUGCAACUCCAGCCUGGCCUCCCUCAGACUCAAGUCCAAACAGCACCCUACUUUCGGAUACAGCAGCCUGCAGAGCCCGGGGUCCAGCCUGAACGCCUGUCAGUACAACAGCUGA